AUGGCGGAAGAUGGCGCUGCAGUGCCCAGCGAGCACAAGGGCAGCUGGACGAGCUUCCUCAAGUCCAUCAGCACCUUUUCAGGUGAUCUCUCGAGCAUGACUGCACCCUCCUUCAUCCUAUCUCCCACCAGUCUUGCCGAAUUUCCGUCAUAUUGGGGCGAACCGACCGAGGCGUUCAUCGCCAUCUCUAAGGGCAAGACAGCCGAGGACAGAGCUUUGGCUGUGCUCGCAUGGUUCCUCUGCACGACAAAGGGUCAAUUCACGCGUCGAGAGACUCAGACUGGCUCCGAGAAGAAGCCCUUGAAUCCGCAAGCCGUCCUUGGCGAAACCUUCCUCGGUCGAUGGGACACGCCGCAAGGCAAGACCGAGCUCAUCGCCGAGCAAGUAUCGCAUCAUCCACCUGUCACUGCCUACUUUCUUCACAAUAAAGAAUCUCGCGUGUCGCUACAAGGUCAUUGUGGCCAGAAGACCUCCUUCUCCGGAAGAUCGAUCGUCGUCAAGCAAGUCGGCCAUGCGCUCAUCAGAUUGUCCCUGCCCGAUGGCGGCAUCGAGAGCUACCUGAUCACUUUGCCUCGGUUGCGCAUCGAAGGCUUGUGGUAUGGCUCUCCUUACAUCGAGCUCAGCGACUCGUCUUUCAUCCAGUCAUCAGCUGGCACCCACAUUGCAAUAGAGUACAAGGCAAGAGGCAAAGGAUAUUUUGGCGGCAAAUCGCACUCGUUCAAAGCGAGCGUGGCCAAGUCGGCAAAAGACAUCAGCUCGCCUGAUCAUGUCAUCGAAGGCCAAUGGAACGCCAAAUCAUCGUACACAAAGGGCAGUCAUAGCGGCAAGCCCUUUCACGAUGCGACGAAAGAUUUUCCAGAAAUCGCUGUCGCGCCAAUCGAGGAGCAAGACACGAUGGAAUCUCGGCGGAUCUGGAAAGAAGUUGCCGAUGGCAUCCGCAAAGGCAACUUUGAAGCCGCUAGCGCGGCCAAGACGAAGCUAGAGGCAAGCUCGCCUUGUCAUUCUUGCAUUAACGAGCAGCGACAAAAGCGCAAACAGGAGACAGAGCUUGGCAAACCAUGGCAGAUGCGCUACUUCACGCAUGUCCCUAGCGAUGCGGACUACGGCAAACUUGUCAAGCAAUUCGGCGGCCAGCCAGAUGAGGAAGAGGCAUUCUACUACAAAGGGCUGUGA